AUGCUCGCUACAACGUCGUCCUAUACCGCCGCGGCCAUUGUGCUCGCAAACCUCGCUGCCGUCGUCCACGCUCAGUCGUCGGGAGCGUCAGCAUUUACGCCGCUCGCAUCCCAAAGCUUUACGUAUACUGCUCUCCCAUACCAGGCAGAUACUGGAACAGGUGAACGUGGACCCCAGUCUGGCUACAACAUUUGCAACUCGACGACCGAGAACCAACAGUCCAAGUGCCAGACGGCCAUUAUCAACAGCAUUGACGGUGAGUCGGCCAUGCCUCGUCCCCCUGCGCGCUCGGUGGUCGUCCAAUCACCACCGCCACUUUUGCCUGUCCUUUGUUCACCACUUCUCAUCUGCCCGCACAGAUUUCUGCCUCUGGGCCCCCAGGAUCCAAACAGUGUGAUCGGAAACGUCGAAGGCGAGUGCGUUGCCUGGUGUACAAAGCCCGGUCAUGGAACGCGCUUAAUUCCUGCUGGCGCUCUCACCGCUGUCCAAUUUAUGAAGACGCCCGACUAUGUUCAAGUCACCGGUCUCAUCAACCAGGCACUCAUCAACAUUGCCCCCAACGACGAUGGUGGCGAGUUGGACCCGCACGGUGCAGAUCAGCGCGGAAACCCACUCGGCGGGCUCGUCUUUUCCAACGCAUUCCCUGCAUCCAACGGUAACGCGAACAACUAUGUCCAGGCGAUUGAAUGGCACAAUUUCAUGGGUGGAAGCGCCUUUUGUCUCAAAGCCUGCGAUCCCUCGCGUCCCAAUGCUGCUCGUCUGUGUGAACACGUGUUCGAUCGAAUUGGAUGCCAGUACAACGCACCUGCUGCCUAUGCUCCAAAUGUCUUUGAGUCUUGCCUCGGUGAUAGCCAAGAUUUCCCCGGUGUAUAUACGGGUGCCAAUGGUGUCGUGAGCACGUACAGCCAGCCUCCCGAGUCGUUGGGAGCCAUCACUGCCAUCCCGUAUACCCCCCGUAUCCCGGCAAGCUCGUCGUGCACGCCCUACACGAGCUCUGCAAUCUAUACUGCCAAUCCUAGCGCGUCCAUUUCGACGUCGACUAGCUCGAGUAGCAGCACCUCGCGUACGGGCACGACGUCUCGCUCGACGUCGACACGUACCGUCACGCCGUCGAGCACAUCUACGCCCGGUGCUGGGUUUGUGAGUGCAAAGGCAUCGCCCGUUCUUGCCUUGUUCGCCGCGCUGGCCGGGUUCGCCAUGUUCUAA